CAGUUUGGUUGCAUUUUCACCCGUACAUAGGCGCGGACCGGCGUGUCCUUGGGAUAAGAGAGCGGGACGUUUGGCUUGUGAGCGGGAACGGCUUAGUCGUACACGGAGAAAGAACGGUGGGCGCGGAGGCCACGGCAGAUUUAAAAAUGGGUGAUAUUGAGAAGGGCAAGAAGAUUUUUGUUCAGAAGUGUGCCCAGUGCCAUACUGUGGAAAAGGGAGGCAAGCACAAGACUGGGCCAAAUCUCCAUGGUCUGUUUGGGCGAAAGACAGGUCAGGCUGUCGGAUUCUCUUACACAGAUGCCAACAAGAACAAAGGCAUCACCUGGGGAGAGGAGACGCUGAUGGAGUAUUUGGAGAAUCCCAAGAAGUACAUCCCUGGAACAAAAAUGAUCUUCGCUGGCAUUAAGAAGAAGUCAGAAAGGGCAGACUUGAUAGCUUAUCUCAAAAAAGCUACUAAUGAGUAAUAGUUGGCCACUGCCUUAUUUAUUAUGAAACAGCUGUCUCAUGACUUUUUAUGUGUACCAUAUUUAAAUUGAUCUCAUACACUAGAAUUCAGGUCAUGAAUAGCUGAUGUAAUAUUUCUGUCCUGAUUUAAAUAAGAUUGGCUUGUGGCUAAAUGAAUAUGGUCAGCUUUUUGAAUUUUGAUAGUAAUUCUGGUUCAGCAAGUACUGUCAGUGUUUUCCCCUUCUAAAGAGAUGAUUAAACUUGAAUAAGGAAUGUUAAACUUUUCAGGGAUAUGGUGAAUGCCUUCUCAAACCCUAUAGGAGAUUGGUUUUAUAUUUAGAUUUCUAUAACUGGUUAUAUUAAUAUAUUUAAAUAUUGAGAAGCUCCCUUCACUGUCUCAUAGACCAGCAAGAUUCACCUGUGUUUCAAGUUGUGUUCAUUCACCUGUUAAGGCAAGGGCUGAAGAUACACUGACAAUGUCCACUUUAUCUUUUUGGUCUUAAAUAUGCCAAUUUAAUUAAAAUUCUCCAUCUAAAAUAUUGCGUUUUACUUAA